AGUCGAGCCGGGAGACGCUUACCUGCCGCUUCCCCCCGCCGCCCGGUGCACCUGGCUGCAAGGGCCUCCGUUCGGAGGGAGGGCGGCAACGGCCCCGCGGAGUUGGAAACGGGCGCGCGCCGUCCCGGGCACGGUCUCCCCGCCGAACGUGGGGGCACUUGGGCAACUCGUUCCCUGAACUGCCCCCUCCCCUUCCCCGCCUCCGGCUCGGCCCGGGAACGGUGGGACGGCUCCCGCCUCUAGUCACGGAAGCGGACGGUGCCGAGCGAGGAGGGUUCGAAAAUGCCCCGCGCGUUUCUGGUGAAGAAGCCGUGCGUCUCCACGUGCAAGAGGAACUGGAGCGAGCUCCCCGACGAGGAGCGCGGAGAGAUCUACGUGCCAGUCAGUCUGGGCUUCUGCCCACCACAGCCCUACCGGGAACCAGAGCCGUCGGUGGCUGAACCCCCAUCUUGCCCCCUGGUUUUGGACAUGAGCCUUCGGGACUCCAGCUAUAGUGUGGCCCCUGGACCCUGCGUGGUAGCCCAGCUGCCCUCCGAAGACAUGAGUCGUUUGGCAGACCCCCAGAGCAGAGACCACGGCUUCCUGCGCACCAAGAUGAAGGUGACCCUCGGGGACAGUCCCAGUGGAGACCUCUUCACUUGCCAUAUCUGCCAGAAGGCCUUCACCUACCAGCGCAUGCUGAACCGCCACAUGAAGUGUCACAACGACGUCAAGAGGCACCUCUGCACCUACUGUGGGAAGGGCUUCAAUGACACAUUCGACCUGAAGAGACAUGUCCGCACCCACACCGGCGUGCGGCCCUACAAAUGCAGCCUGUGUGACAAGGCCUUCACACAGCGCUGCUCUCUGGAGUCUCAUCUCAAGAAGAUCCACGGCGUGCAGCAGAAGUACGCAUACAAGGAGCGGCGGGCCAAGCUGUACGUGUGUGAGGAGUGUGGCUGCACGUCUGAGAGCCAGGAGGGCCACGUCCUGCACCUGAAGGAGCACCACCCCGACAGCCCGCUGCUGCGCAAGACCUCCAAGAAGGUGGCUGUGGCCCUGCAGAAUACUGUCACCUCCCUGCUACAGAGCAACCACCACCUCUGAAUGGCACCGCCCAG